AUGGACAAGUUCCUCCUGUUGCGACUCUCCAUCCAGCUCUGCUGCUUUAGUGAGCUAUCUGGAUCACUUUCAGCCAGAGAUAACACAGAUGAAAUUGUUCAGUGUAGGACGUGCCACCUUCAGUUCUCAGGAGAAAAGUGUUCCAGAGGAAGAGGAAUAUGUACUGCAACAACAGAAGAGGCCUGCGCAGUUGGGACCAUUUACAAAAACAAUGGUAUACUCUGGUUAACCUUUAUGGGCUGCCUAAAGAACUGUGCCAAUGUGAGAAACAUAAUAUGGAGUGUCUAUUUGGUGAACUUCAGGUGCUGCAGGGGCUAUGACCUGUGCAAUGAAAAUCUUUAG